CAAGAACUGCCUUGUCUACAGCACCUCCACAGCACCCCUACAAAGUUUCUACAAGGUACUAACACGAUCUACUACAACUUGUUCAACAUUAGACUACAGUCUACGCAGCUUCCUUGCCAACACAGUCAAAUUAUUGGCUGAUUUAAGAGAAAGAGAGGAGGAUUAUGAGGGCCGUUUGGAUAUUGUUUGCACUGACUUGCGCUGGGCAGACACUACGGGUGGGUGGCGCUGCUGUCGUCACGGGUCCGCCAGAUAUCAACGCACAAUGCCCCGUCCCUCAGAGCAAGAACGCCACACUUCUUCCCAAUCCAGACGACUGCGCGACAUACUACGCCUGCAGCUGGGGGGUCGCCUACUUAAUGCACUGUCCUGGUGAGCUCCUGUUUGACAUCAAUCUACACGUCUGUACCUGGUCUUGGCAGGCUCACUGCUUCGUUCUUACCACCGAGGAGCCUAGUACUACAGUAGUCUACAGCACUGAGGAGCCUAGUACUACAGUAGUCUACAGCACUGAGGAGCCUAGUACUACAGUAGUCUACAGCACUGAGGAGCCUAGUACUACAGUAGUCUACAGCACUGAGGAGCCUGUAGCUACAGUAGUCUACAGCACUGAGGAGCCUAGUACUACAGUAGUCUACAGCACUGAGGAGCCUAGUACUACAGUAGUCUACAGCACUGAGGAGCCUAGUACUACAGUAGUCUACAGCACUGAGGAGCCUAGUACUACAGUAGUCUACAGCACUGAGGAGCCUAGUACUACAGUAGUCUACAGCACUGAGGAGCCUAGUACUACAGUAGUCUACAGCACUGAGGAGCCUAGUACUACAGUAGUCUACAGCACUGAGGAGCCUAGUACUACUGUAGUCUACAGCGCUGAAAUAACUACGAGUCCAACACCAAACACUGAAAUUCCUCCUUCCCCGUCACCUUUUGUCCCCAGCUGCCCCGUUGUUCACACUUCAGCUGGUGUCCUCUACCUAGCUAACCCAGCCGACUGCUCCACCUUCUACGUCUGUUCUCACGGUCGACCUCAUCUCAUGUAUUGUCCUUCAGGCACCUUCUUCGACCUGAACCUCGAGGCGUGUAACUACGCCUCCGUGAUAAACUGUGACGUGGUUCUGGAGUGGCAGCCUAGAGUUAUAACUAAGGUCUUUUAAGUUAGCCAGUUGGAUGUGUAUUAGGUGCAGCAAAUCGGCUUGCGAGGGAGUUAACUAUCUAAUAGGUGGCAUUAACACAUGUAAGGUUCAAAUUUGGGUCAAUACUUUGAAGAAUAAACAAAUCAUUCGCAAAAUUAAUGUCAUAAACUUGAACGUAUCUUUGAGUGUAUUUACUGUGUGUUUUUAUGUAUAUCUUAUUAACGUGUUAAAAUUAAUAUUUGAUACAAUUACUGUGUGUCUAUUUCAAUAAUUUACCUUAAAUAUGUGUAUGCUAAUGAUACAAAUUUAGCAUAGCAUAGUAUGUCAUGUGUGUGAGAUAGCGUGUUGUUCUGCUACCUCUUAGCUCCUAUGUACAGUGUUUUCAUAGUCAUAAUUUUUCGUGUUAGUUUCAUUGUCAGCAUAGUUUCAUUUUAUAGUUAUUUAUUUAUUCGUUUAUUUAUUAAACAGUGUGUGAGUACCUCUGUAUUUUUACAGACACUCAACGUAAAAUAUAAUGUACUAGUUAUUGUUUUCGGUUAAGAAAUUCAUUUCCUAACAAAUUACGUGUUUUGUACUUUAAUGUAAGUGUAAAUGAUAUAUAAAAUAUACUUUACAACCCUAAAUGUCAA